CAAUGGGUUAAUCAUUCUCAUGUAACCUGAAAAAAUGACCAAAACAAACAAAACGCCGCAAAAACAAAGCGAAACAGAUAUACAAAAUACAUCUUUAACUCCAGUGCGAUAUCUGGACAGCCCUUGCCUGCAAUCUCCGACCAGUCACGAUGCCACUUUGGCCACAUGCAAGACGCGCCUGGAAACGCUGGUAAAACAACUGCAGGAUAACUAUGCCAAAUGGCAGCUAGCCCAGCAGCGCGGCACCGCCAUAUGCUAUGCCAUUGAGGCCAAGAAGACCAAGUGCCUGGAGAAAAGCGAGGAUGAUGACAGCAGCAGCAGAAGCACUGCCUAUCCAGAUGAUCUUCUGCUGCCCUGUAAAAAGUUGGCCAUUAUUGCUUCAAUCUUUGGGGACAUUACCAACAACACGCGGGAAACGCUGAGGCAGCUGCGUGCGCUAACAAAACUGCCUGGCGCGGCGGCCGACACGAUAUUCUUUCGCUCCUGGCGGCUGGCGCAGUUUGUGGCGUUUGCCAUGGAACUGGCGGAUCGCUACGAACAGGAGGCGCUGGUCAAGACACAGGUUGCAGAGAAUAUUGCUCACUGCACCAGGAGAACCGAACUGAUAGCGCACACAUCCCUCUGGGAGUAUCCCGAGCAAGUCGAUAUCUAUGUUAAAUUGGGAUUUCUGCUGCUGGCCGAGGAACUAAGUUUAAAAUAAUUAAUUAUAAAGACUUUCCAUACACUUUUAUAUAAUUAAUGUUCAGAGUUUUCUUCUUAAUUACAAAAUCUUAUGAAUCUA